GCAUUUACAUGGGCCGAUUUGGCCCUUAAUCAUGGGGGGGGGGUCGCCAUUCUGGAGAGCCCAGAGCCAUUCUGUGUCGCACACAAGCACCCCCCCCAAACAACAUCCCCCAGAGGGGAAAAAAACCACAGAGGGAAGGGAAAAUUAGAACAGGGUGGAGGAAAACAAAGACAGAGAGAAAAAGAGAGAAAGACAGAGAGAGAGAGAGACAACAAGAAAAACAGACAGCAAAAGACAAAACAAGGAAUGCGGGAGGGAGACAGAACAAUAGAGAAAAGAAAAGAGAUAAAGAAGGAAAAAGAGAGAAGAGAGAGAUAGGAAAGAAAAGAACAAAAUAAACAAAGAGGAAGGAAAAAGAAGAGAGGUUCUGCCACAGGGAAUUGCAAAGUUACAGUAACUCAACCGUCAUUCAUGGAAGAUUAUGUUGCAAAGAAUAUUUCUAUUCCAUGCAUUUUUUCUACUGAUGGAUGUCCUAACUCCUCUCCUACGGUCCUAUGGUUCCGAUAUCUUUCAAACACUCACGAAAAUCUAUGUACCCCUAUAUGCACAAAGAGCUCAAAAUUCUUCACUUCCUCAGCACCGGGAAACAAGCAUUCACUUCAAAUCAACAAGGCCAACGUAGAGGACAGUGCAAUUUACAUUUGCGGGGUAGCAUUUCCUGAGUCGACACCACCCACCUCCAAACAAGCAGGGGAAGGAACAGUGUUAGUGAUAAGAGCGACCAAGACAUACAGCCAAGAAGCUCACUGGAUCAUGGCAGCUGUCUCAUCAGUGCUGUUCUUAUACCUCGUGGCCAUAUUGGUAACUGCCAAGUUCUUCUCCAAGCCAAAAUGCAACCACACAGAGACAAGCGACCUAAAAGGAACGCCCAACCCUUGCAGCCAAGGAAGAGGACGAGAGAUCUCCAGAGCAAUUGCAGAGGAGCUUCGUAAAAAGAAAGAUGCUGCAAAACGCCGGCAGGGGUUCCUGGCUAAAUUCAACCCAAAGAGAUGAGCGACCACAGCUGACAUGCAAACCCCCCGGAAAUCAAAGGCAAGCCCCGGCUGGGCCCCAAGACCGACCAACGGCCCGACUCAGUGGAAGCCGGCUCCCCGUGCCUCUCGGGCUUAUUCCAACACUUGGCUUGCUCUUGGCCCCCGGUCUCCUGGCUGGAACCCCUCAGCUUGGAGCCCGGUUCAAGUCAAGGACGGAGGCUUGGACUCUGAGGAUGGGGCCAUUGCUCAGGGGUAGGGCAGAUGCCUUGCGGGCAGAAGGUCCCCGGCUCACUCCCUGGCAGGGUCUCCAGGUACGGCUGGGAGAAACUCCUGGCUGAACCCCUAGACAGACGCUGCCGGUCUGUGCAGGCAAGACUGAGCUCGAUGGACCAAGGGCAGCUUCCUCUGCUCCCACUUGGCGGCUGCCUACAACUCAAGCUCCAGCAGGUGUCUCUUUCCAUUGCAACCAGAAGCCCUGUAGGCCAUGGAGGGCCGUUAGCUAACCAAGACAGGUUGAACCAGAAGAGCAAGCUUCUUAAGAAACAUUCUCAGGGAAAAGUCGCCCAGAGAGACGCUAUGGACACAAUACAGUCUCGGAAAAGAGCAGAAGGGCAGGCAGAAGAUUUCUCGUUGCUGUUAGGCCAAAGCAGUCUCCUUGAAGGGCAGCCCUUCCCUGACUUCAAGCUCUGAUCCCCUGCCCCCACCCCGAGUUCUGAACCAGGAGGAAGUCAGACAAACCCACCAGGAUCGGUGCUAGUUCCUCAUCACUUGCGGCACAAGGAAGUUGCAUUGACUGUUCUUCUGUGUGGUUACACACGGCAGGGUGUGUGUGUGUGGACUCCAAGGAGUGGGAAGUUGGGGGAAGAGAAGACGACGACAUUGUGGAAAUAAACUCCAGCAGAGAAACCGAAGCACAGACAAGUGGCCCUGGCUCUUCACGGGGGUUCAAUUCCCGUCAGUUUCGGCAGAUAAUGAAACUGUGAGUCUUUGGGAUUUGAGGGGGGUUAAGCUCCUUGUGCUCAAAAAAAAAAAAAAAAAAGACACACUAAAAAAAGCAGGGAGAGGGCAGAAAUAAGGGUAGAAGAGCAGAGUACCUUGUUCUCCAGGUAUACCCCCCCAAACCCCUUAUCUUCAGUUUAAAGCCAUUUUUGGCCUCCCAGCUGUUGUUGGCCUACAACUCCGCUCAGAGGG